AUGGCGGCGUCCUUUCUCGCAUCACCGGUAGACGUGGACAUCAAGCUCGAGGCCGAAAACGCGCGCAAGAAAGUGGACCUCAAGCUCGAGAAGGAGGACCUCAAGCUGAGAAGGAGCGCGCCGUGUCAUGUUCGGUGUACUAUGACGGCGACGCCAUCACGGGGCAGGUUACGGUAUGUGUGCACGAUGGGAAGCGGCUCGCGCAUGAGGGUUUCAAGGUCACUGGUAUUCAUUGGCAGCAUAGAGCUAUACUACGACCGCAGGCGCCACGAGUUCCUCUCGUCGUCGCAGGAGCUCGCGGCCCCGGCGGAGAUGCGUGCGGCACAGACGUUUGACUUCCUCUUCAAGAACGUGGAGAAGCAGCACGAGAGUUACUAG